AUGCCCCGCAAAUCCCAAAAGAAGCAAACGCGACUUGCCUUCGCUCCCACGGCGGCAUCUCCGUCCCGCAGUGGUGAUGACGACAACAGCGAUCGCUUCGCAAGGCUCUCAUAUGGACAUCCGAGUAUGGCGUCAGUGCGCUCAGAGGUAUCUCACAAGAGCAAGUCCUCAGGGUCCAAGAAUAAGAGCUCGUCCAAGUCGCGGAAGUCACCAGAUCUCCCUAAAGAAGCUCCAGUGAGGGAAACUAGCAAGGCGCAAGCUGCGACGCAAAAUGACGAAGAAUCAUCAGAUGACGACAUCAUCCUUCCCAGCUCUCAGAGACAUCGACGAGCGGCCCCAGAUCUCAACGCGAUCGCCAUGAAUUCUCCGAAAUCCAAAUCCAAGAAGAAAUCCCGGCAGCACUCAAAGCCUACGGAGGAAGAAGUCGUGGAUGCCAAUGAUUCAGUAGAGGAAAUAUCUCAACCCCGCCGGAGACUGAAGCGCAAAGCAGAGAGCUCACCUGUCGUUGUGUUGAGUGACUCCGAUGACUCGGAAGAGCCUGUGGUCUCCUCGCCCGUCAAGAGACGGAGACGUGCCCUGGAUCCAGAGACACCUCAGACCCCCCGGUCUAGUGAAGAACAAGACGACCUGGACAUUCAGGAAGAUCUCAAAGAUCUACAAGACUCAGUUGUCAAGAAGUCUCGCACCCGUGGCCAUCUUGCUGAAUCCGCAAGAGACAAAAGGUUCAGACAUCUAGAAACUCUCCGUCGCCGGCGCCUUGGACUACCGGAAGAAAGCGAACCCGAGGCAGGUUCAGCAGCCGACGAAGAAAGUGAAGAGGAAGACGAUGCCGAUUCAAGCCCAACUCGGCCGUUUGAAAUGCGCGUCCAACAGGUCGAUAGCGAUGUUGAAUCAACCAUCGACCCAAAUGAAGACCUGGACACGUACGAAGAUGACUUUGUGUUGGAGGACGACACCGCAGAACUGGGUGUCCCGACAGAAGAAAUGCCAUUCGAAUUCACUCGACACGCAUACAAACAGCCAAAAGAAUACUUCCGCGACGUUGUUGGGUGGAUGGUGCACAAUCGACUGGACCCAGCAUUUCCACGCGACGACGCCAUGUACAAAGUGGCUUUCAUGAAGCUAGAGGAUGAAGUCAAAGGACGUGCUGGAUCCCAGCUGAUCUCCUCGGUAUGGAACUCUGAAUUUGUCCGAGCACUUCGGGCCAGACCACAUAUGGAGUUGUCCUCAUAUCCGACCGAGUUUGGUCACUCAUGCGAUGCAUGCAAUCGAUCUGGCCACCCAGCCUCCACGGACAUGAGGCUAUACGGCAAAGCAUACUCCCUUGAAACUCUCGAGCCUCUCAGUGACGAAGGCUCCGAAGAUGCGGAUACGUCUGAAUCCAGUAGUGAAGACUCCGGCGUUGAGCGAGACCGAGAUGGCUAUGAGCUGCCAGAUGAGGAGAAACGGUUCUAUUUAGGAAGACACUGCAAAGACAAAGCCCAGCUAGCUCAUACUCUGAUGCACUGGCGUUAUCAACUCAACGAGUGGGUUGUCGACCAUCUCGAUCGCAUGGGCCACAUGAAGGAUUCGGAGAUUAUACGACGAAAUAACCUCAGCCAGAAGCGCAAGACGCGAAAUGCGAUCGAAGUCGUCACCCAAAUGGCUCAAGCCGGGGAGAUCGAUAAGCUUUGGCGAGAUUUCCACAUCGCACUGAAAUCUGCUCGAGAGAAAACGUCUUUGUUGGGAUGA